AGAGAUCUGAAUAAUUGAUUCUUCAGCCGCACCAGACGCUCAGGAGCGGGCGGAGAGCGUGGCUUCAGCACCGCGGACAGCGGCACGCCGCCGCAGGCUCCCCCUUCGCCGGGCUACCGCCUAUCCUGGCCCUGUCGCCGCCGUGCGCUCCGGGAACCGGUGGCCGUGCUCCGCGCCGCCUCCGAGGGACUGCGGGGUCUGCCUCGGCCCGCCUCCGGGGAGGGCGGCUACGGGCGGGAGAUGCUUUCACCCACUGGAGCUCCAAGCCUCUCUGACUGUCGCGGGGGCUGCUGCGUCUAGUCGACUGAGAACAAGUCCCUAAGUUGGCGUGGGGGCGCCCCUGCCUUCCUCCUCCUCUUCCUCCGAGGCGACCGCAUCAGAAGCACGCCCCAGAAGCCCGCUUUUGCCAGUGCUGUGAGCCAGGGUGGCUAGGCGCUUUCCGACUCCCGUCGGGAAAUGGGGAGCUGAAAGCCUGGUGGCGAGCUGGCCCCGCAGCGAAGGGCCCAGAGGGAGCUGCCAUCCCCCGCCCGCGCCUCUCUCUGGCGGGGACCGCGGGGAUCCCCGGCCACACGCGCGCGCGCGCUCCCACACUCACUCACACACACACUCGCCCUCACACACACCACCAGCCCGGAGCCUGGGCUGCGGAGAGGGCUCUCGGGCGCGCUCAGAGGACCCGGCAGCUGCUGUCCGGAGUAGGGCUGGAAGCCGAGCUCCGGCUUUUGGAGGGAGGCGCCGCGGGGCUGGCCGGAGCAUGGGGCUGGGUGAGCGCUGAGAGUCGGGGCCGCAGCCAUCAGCCCUGGAGAUGACCAGGAGCGGCCACUGCUGAGAACUAUGUGGAGAGAGGCUGCGAGCCCUACUGCAGAGCCUCCGGCUGGGAUAGCCGCCCCCCGUGGGGGCGAUGCGGACAGCGCGGGACAGCCAGGGGAGCGCGCGGGGGCCGCAGCAUGCGGGAACCCGCUAAACCCGGUGGCUGCUGAGGCGGCCGAGAUGCUCGUGCGCGCAGCGCGCCCCACUGCAUCCUCGACCUUCUCCGGCUACAGGGACCGUAAGUGGCGACUAUGGGCAGACUGGGUUAUUGGACCCUGCUGGUGCUGCCGGCCCUUCUGGUCUGGCGCGGCCCGGCGCAGGGCGCGGCGGCGGAGAAGGGUACCCCGGCGCUGAACAUUGCGGUGCUGCUGGGUCACAGCCACGACGUGACGGAGCGCGAACUGCGAAACCUGUGGGGCCCAGAGCAGGCAGCAGGGCUGCCCCUGGACGUGAACGUGGUAGCCCUGCUGAUGAACCGGACGGACCCCAAGAGCCUCAUUACGCAUGUGUGCGACCUCAUGUCUGGGGCGCGCAUCCAUGGCCUUGUCUUUGGGGACGACACCGACCAGGAGGCCGUGGCUCAGAUGCUGGAUUUUAUCUCUUCGCAGACUUUCAUACCCAUCCUGGGCAUCCACGGGGGCGCAUCUAUGAUCAUGGCUGACAAGGACCCAACAUCAACCUUCUUCCAGUUCGGAGCGUCCAUCCAGCAACAAGCCACGGUCAUGCUGAAGAUCAUGCAGGAUUACGACUGGCACGUCUUCUCCCUGGUGACCACCAUCUUCCCCGGGUACAGGGACUUCAUCAGCUUCAUCAAGACCACCGUGGACAACAGCUUUGUGGGCUGGGACAUGCAGAACGUGAUCACCUUGGACACUUCCUUUGAGGACGCCAAGACCCAGGUCCAGCUGAAGAAGAUCCACUCCUCCGUCAUCCUGCUCUACUGUUCCAAAGACGAGGCUGUCCUCAUCCUGAGUGAGGCCCGCUCCCUGGGCCUCACCGGAUAUGAUUUCUUCUGGAUCGUUCCCAGCUUGGUUUCUGGGAACACAGAGCUCAUCCCGAAGGAGUUCCCGUCAGGCCUCAUUUCGGUCUCCUAUGACGACUGGGACUACAGCCUGGAGGCGCGGGUGAGGGACGGCCUGGGCAUCCUCACCACGGCCGCGUAUUCCAUGUUGGAGAAGUUCUCCUACAUCCCCGAGGCCAAGGCCAGCUGCUACGGGCAGACGGAGAAGCCGGACACCCCGCCGCACACUCUACACCAAUUCAUGGUCAACGUGACAUGGGAUGGCAAAGACUUGUCCUUCACUGAGGAAGGCUAUCAGGUGCACCCCAGGCUGGUGGUGAUUGUGCUGAACAAGGACCGAGAAUGGGAGAAGGUGGGCAAGUGGGAGAACCAGACCCUGAGCCUGCGGCACGCCGUGUGGCCAAGGUACAAGUCCUUCUCAGACUGUGAGCCGGACGACAACCAUCUGAGCAUCGUCACCCUGGAGGAGGCCCCCUUUGUCAUCGUGGAGGACAUAGACCCGUUGACCGAGACGUGCGUGAGGAACACCGUGCCGUGCCGGAAGUUUGUCCGAAUCAACAAUUCAACCAAUGAGGGCAUGAAUGUUAAAAAAUGCUGCAAGGGUUUCUGCAUCGAUAUCCUGAAGAAGCUUUCCCGCACUGUGAAGUUCACCUAUGACCUUUACCUGGUGACUAAUGGGAAGCAUGGCAAGAAAGUCAACAAUGUGUGGAACGGGAUGAUUGGGGAAGUGGUCUACCAACGGGCGGUCAUGGCGGUCGGCUCGCUCACCAUCAACGAGGAGCGCUCGGAAGUGGUGGACUUCUCCGUGCCCUUUGUGGAGACGGGGAUCAGUGUCAUGGUUUCAAGAAGCAACGGCACUGUCUCACCUUCUGCUUUUCUAGAACCGUUCAGCGCCUCCGUCUGGGUCAUGAUGUUCGUGAUGCUGCUCAUUGUGUCCGCCAUCGCUGUUUUUGUCUUCGAGUACUUCAGUCCUGUUGGAUACAACAGAAACUUAGCCAAAGGGAAAGCACCCCAUGGGCCUUCUUUCACGAUUGGCAAAGCUAUAUGGCUCCUCUGGGGCCUGGUGUUCAACAACUCCGUGCCUGUGCAGAACCCCAAAGGGACCACCAGCAAGAUCAUGGUGUCUGUGUGGGCCUUCUUCGCUGUCAUCUUCCUGGCCAGCUACACGGCCAACCUGGCUGCUUUCAUGAUCCAGGAGGAAUUCGUGGACCAAGUGACCGGCCUCAGUGACAAAAAGUUUCAGAGACCUCACGACUAUUCCCCACCUUUCCGAUUUGGCACGGUGCCUAACGGCAGUACUGAGAGAAACAUUCGUAAUAACUACCCCUACAUGCAUCAGUACAUGACCAAAUUCAAUCAGAAGGGAGUGGAGGAUGCCUUGGUCAGCUUGAAAACAGGGAAACUGGACGCUUUCAUCUACGAUGCGGCGGUCUUGAAUUACAAGGCUGGCAGGGAUGAAGGCUGUAAGCUCGUGACCAUCGGCAGUGGGUACAUCUUUGCCACCACUGGUUACGGAAUCGCCCUCCAGAAGGGCUCGCCUUGGAAGAGGCAGAUUGACCUGGCCCUGCUCCAGUUUGUGGGUGAUGGCGAGAUGGAGGAGCUGGAGACCCUGUGGCUCACGGGGAUCUGCCACAACGAGAAGAACGAGGUGAUGAGCAGCCAGCUGGACAUCGACAACAUGGCGGGCGUGUUCUACAUGCUGGCGGCCGCCAUGGCCCUCAGCCUCAUCACCUUCAUCUGGGAACACCUCUUCUACUGGAAGCUGCGCUUCUGCUUCACCGGCGUCUGCUCCGACCGCCCGGGGCUGCUCUUCUCCAUCAGCAGGGGCAUUUACAGCUGUAUCCACGGGGUGCACAUCGAAGAGAAGAAGAAGUCUCCAGACUUCAACCUGACCGGGUCCCAGAGCAACAUGUUAAAGCUGCUCCGGUCGGCCAAAAACAUCUCCGACGUGUCCAACGUGAACUCCUCGAGAAUGGAUUCCCCCAAGAGGGCUGCGGACUUCAUCCAGAGAGGCUCCCUCAUCGUGGACAUGGUUUCCGAUAAGGGAAAUAUGAUCUACUCGGACAACAGGUCCUUUCAGGGGAAAGACAGCAUUUUUGGGGACAACAUGAGUGAGCUGCAGACGUUCGUGGCCAGCAGGCACAAGGACAACCUCAACAACUACGUGUUCCAGGGACAGCACCCCCUGACUCUCAAUGAGUCCAACCCCAACACGGUGGAGGUGGCCGUGAGCACCGAGUCCAAAGCGAACUCGAGGCCCCGGCAGCUGUGGAAGAAAUCCAUGGAGUCGCUGCGCCAGGACUCGAUGAGCCAGAACCCGGUCUCCCAGAGGGACGAGGGGGCGGCCGAGAACAGGACCCACUCCCUGAAGAGCCCUCGGUACCUUCCGGAAGAGGUGGCCCACUCGGACGUUUCGGAAACUUCGAGUCGGGCCACGUGCCACAGGGAGCCCGACAACAGCAAGAACCACAAGACCAAGGACAACUUCAAGAGGUCCGUGGCCUCCAAAUUCCCCAAGGACUGCAGCGAGGCCGAGCGCUCCCACCUGAAAACCAAAGCCGGCUCCCCCAGGGACAAGAUCUACACCAUCGACAGUGAGAAGGAGCCCAGUUUCCACCUGGACCCGCCCCAGUUCGUGGAAAACAUGGCCCUGCCCGAGAACGUGGACUUCCCCGACCCCUACCAGGAACCCAACGAAAACUUCCGCAAGGGGGACCCGGGGCUGCCCACAAACAGGACCGCCCUGCACACCGAGGACGUGCUCCCCAACAACGACAAACACAAAUUCUACUCCAAGCACUUCACUCUGAAAGACAAGAGCUCCCCUCACAGCGAGGGCGGCGACCGGUACCGGCAGAACUCCACGCACUGCCGGAGCUGCCUGUCCAACCUGCCCGCCUACUCGGGCCACUUCACCGUGCGGUCCCCCUUCAAGUGCGACGCCUGCCUGCGGAUGGGCAACCUGUACGACAUCGACGAAGACCAGAUGCUCCAGGAGACGGGCAGCCCGGCCGCCCAGGAGGAGGUCUACCAGCAGGACUGGGCGCAGAACAGCACCCUCCAGUUCCAGAAAAACAAGCUCAGGAUCAGCCGUCAGCACUCCUACGAUAACAUCGUGGACAAGCCCAGGGAGAUAGACCUCAGCAGGCCGUCCAGGAGCAUCAGCCUCAAGGACCGGGAACGGCUCCUGGAGGGGAAUUUGUACGGGAGCCUCUUUAGCGUGCCCGCCAGCAAACUCUCGGGGAACAAGAGCGCCCUCUUCCCGCAGGGUCUGGAGGACAGCAAGCGGAGCAAGUCCCUCUUGCCCGACCACGCCUCCGAUAACCCCUUCCUCCGUUGCUAUGGGGAUGACCGACGCUUAGUCAUCGGGAGGUGCCCCUCGGACCCUUACAAGCACUCGCUGCCGUCCCAGGCCGGGAACGACAGCUACCUUCGAUCAUCCCUGAGGUCAACGGCAUCCUACUGCUCCAGGGACAGCAGAGGCCCCGGCGACGUGUACAUUCCAGAGCAUGUUAUGCCUUAUGCUGCAAACAAGAACAGUAUGUACUCUAACCCCAGGGUUUUGAACCCCUGCAGCAAUAGACGUGUGUACAAGAAAAUGCCUAGUAUUGAAUCUGAUGUUUAAAACCUUCCAUUGAUGUUUUAUCUAUAGGGAAACAUACGUAGCGGCCGACGUGCUGGAGGGUAAAUGUCGGAUGUCCGAUGGUGCCCUGCAAAGAGGAAGAGGAUUUAGGAAGGUAUUUUUUUUUCCUUUUUUUCCUUUUUUUUUUUUUUUUUUUUUUGUCGGUUCUUUGCACACGGCUCCUUGCCAUCGUCUUCCACUCAAGGAAUCUUGGGAGGUGCGAGCUGAGCAUGGCAGAUACCAGAUGGGUGAGUCCUUAACCAAAAACACAAACACACACCCGGGCAGGUCUCCCGGACGUGCUCACUAGGUAUGUUGGCAAUAAGAAUGCGUUGGAUGCCGGUGGUGAUGCUCUGAUUUCCUAUAUUCCAAACCCCAUUACGGCCCGUCUGCCAUGUGCUCUCAUCAGAAAUGCCUAGUGGUCGCUCUCGUUCUGAAUAAGCAGUGCGGUGUGCAUGGACCCCCUGACUCAGACCCAACAGUGACGAAAGCGUCUGCACUGUAGCGAGAUUGACGUGCAAGAGAUUAGCGAGUCUGGCCUUGUACCUGUUUUCAGCUUUAAUGUUACGCCUCCCAUCACUGCCCAGGCCCAGCCCCCGAACUCCAGGCUUCCCCCCAAAGAAUAGCAAAAGCGUGUGUUCACAGUCACUAUGCUACCCUCGUUAGAGUCUAUUUCCAAGACCCGUCUGGAGUAAGCGGCCAGAAGGGCCCUCAGGCGGAGAGCUCCGAGGACCUCUCCGGACGUCAGCCUGCGCGUCUCACGGAACGCUCUGUCCCCCUCGGCUUCGACGGUCUUGAUCGGAGCCGCAGACUCACGCGUGUCUGUCUCCGAUCUCUGACUUGCGGAUCUCCCGUCUCUGACCCAGUGGCUGUUGUAGUCUAUCCCGGACACUUCCCGCGUACGUAAGUUUGCGUCCCCCCCCGCCCUUCUGGUGGCGACUCAGGGUUGUAUAGUAUCUGUUACCCCUCCUUUCCUCCCGGACUGACCCUUGCUCGUUCCGUCCCCGAACGGCCAUGGUGGCGUCUAAUUACGUGUGUGUUGCUCUUCCCAGAGCUGUUACCGCGGUGGCUCGCGCCAGCAGCCGUGUGCGUCCCACGAUCUGUAAGAAGUUCAGGGCCCUCCGUCCGCUCAAGGCUACCCUAGCUUUUGCGUCUGUCUUCCUCCACGUCAUGAAAUUCAGUUGGACGCGCGUUUCCACCCCAGCCUCAGAUGGAAAGCCUCCAGAACAGGAGACACGCUCGUGCCCCCACCCCGAGCAUCCUCCCAGUGGUGGAUCAGCCUUAGUGGCAAAAGUGAUUCCUCUCUCCCGAAAUGUUCACUCUCUGGAGUCAAAACCGCUUCACCAGCACCAACGGGAAUCAAUGAGAAACUCCCCAAAGCAUUUGUCAUUUCCGAGUCACCCCCCACCAUCCCUUUUUUACUUGACUCAGACCUAUGCCUCUAUGACCUGGAAUGAGAGUCAUUUAAAAACACCGGGGCCAGAAGGGGUGUCUGCCACACGGGAAGCUCACAGCACAGGGGGACCCCCACCAGGUGCCAAAAAAAAACGGGGGAGGUAGUUGUUCUGCAGUGACACACCAGAAUUUUGUAGCUUAAAAAUUAAAUAUAAAACCCACAGACCACAUUAGUUAACCCUUUUUUUAAGAGUCUGAAUUUAGUGUGUUUUAACUUCACGAAUGUUCCGGAAAUAGCGAGGGUAACUAGCCGUCAAGUCUGGUGGAGUCGCUGAGUUGUCCCGGCGACAAUCAGCACCAGCCUGCCCGUCUCCUGGUUUCCUCCUGCGUUUUGCUCUGGGUUCCUGGAGAAGGGCACCCGAGUGGCAGGUUGAAGAGCCACCCUGUUUCUUUUCCUGACGGCACGUUCUGUUCUGUCAGUAGUGUUUUCUGGCGAGUGGGCAGGUGCCACGAGCAAUUCUCUUAGAGCUUGAGGACUCCGUGAACGGCCACAUCUUCGGGCAGGUGUGCCCAGUAAUGAUGAGAAGUGGUUGCAGUAGUUUUAGGAUCUUCAGUGGGGAGGCAGAGGCGGCCACGGGCAAGGACAUCUUCCUGUCACCGUGCGGCUGAGAGGCGGAAGGGGACGGCUAAGGCACUGCUGACAAACAUAUCCAAACGUUGCAUUUUCUUUCUCAAAUGUUGUGCUUUUGCCCCAAGACCCAGGAAUGCAGAAGCCCAGACUGAAGGGCCUCAUCCCCAUUUCUUUUCUUUGGCAAACUCCUGGCUGUCUUCUCUUUCAGAACUUUCUGCCUUUGCCCUCCCAUUGCUUUCCAGACCUACAUUCCCCCAGCCAGGAUUCACCUCAUUUCCCCGACACGAUGGGCAUGUCAUGGCAUGAGAUGAAUUAAAAGUCUCCCCCAGCACA